AUGGCGAGCGGGCGGAACCGGGACAGGGAGGCUGAGGGUAAAGGCGGGUCACGUGUCUCGCAGGAAUUGUCCAAUCAGCGGGAGGGGCUGGGGCCGGGGCGUGGCUACGCGGACGCGCGCUCCACGUGGAGCUCCGGGGUCCCGCUUCAGAGCAAGAUCCUGGUCCUGACAAUAUGUGCUGCUGGGACUGGAGGCACUUUCCAAUAUGGUUACAACUUCUCAAUCAUCAGCUCCAGCUUCAGUAACACUGCCCUUCCCUCUCAGUACAUCCAAAUGUUCAUCAGUGAAGCCAGACUGGAGCACAGGGGUGUUCCCCUUGAGAGCAAGGAGGUGCUGCUGCUGUGGUCUCCCACAUACCCUGUGGGAGGCCUCACUGGGGCAGUCAUUGCUGGUCCCGUGGCCAUCAUGUUGGGAGGACUGCAGGAGCUCAGAGGCAGCAGUGACAUGAGCACAGAGCUGGAAGAGAUGCUGACUGAGCAGGCUGCUCUGAAAGGUCAGAGAGCAAAGAACCCUUUGGAGCUCUUCCCAAAUCCAGCUUUGAGGUGGCAGCUGAUGAGCAUCACUGUGCUGAGCAGUGCCAUGCAGCUCUGCAGGAAUGACUCAAUAAGCAGCCUGGCAGCUUACAUGUUGCAAGAGGCUGGAAUUCCACAGGACAAAAUCCUGUAUAUUGUAAUUGGAACAGGGAUUGAACUGAUCACAUCUGUCACUUGUAACAUGAUCAUAGACUACUCUGGUGGGAGGCCACUGCUCCUGGGGGGAUGUGUCCUCAUGGCAGGAUGGGCCAUUGUCUUCAUGGUCACUCUGAGCCAGCAGGCUCAGGUGAGCUGGAUGCCUUACCUCAGCAUGGCCUGCAUCUUCACCUGUAUCCUGAGCUUUGGAAUUGGUCCAGCUGGUGUAACAGGAGUUCUGCCCACAGAGGUUUUUGAUCAAAUGUCCCAGCCAGCUGCUUACACGAUUUGUGGCUCUCUGUUGUGGUUCAACCUCCUCCUGGUUGGAAUGGCCUUUCCAUUCAUUUGGUGUGAAAGUCUGGCACAUUUCUGCUACGUCCCAUUCCUUGUGGUCUGCAUCUGCACCACACUCUACGUUGGAUUUUUCCUUCCUGAAACAAAGGGAAAGUCCUUCCUGGAAAUCUCAGAGGAGUUCAAGAAACUGAACUUCAAAGCUCAGACCCAUUCAGUUUUAUAUAAAUGCCCUGAUGAAAUCAAAUCCACUGUAUUAUAG